AUGAUGGGAGGUGCUGGUAACGUCGCUGUUCAGGGCAUCCAGUACCCAGCAGAUGUGCCUGGUUUUCUUGUUGGUGGAGACAAAGGAGGCAGCCAGCUCAUGGCACAGAUGGUCGGACAGGUUCGGGCCCAAUGCCCGGACACUACACUAGUAAUGGCAGGCUACUCACAAGGUGGUCAGCUUGUCCACAAUGCUGCUGAUAUGCUUAGUGCCGAGGACUCGGCAUUUGUGUCUAGCGCAGUCAUAUUCGGUGACCCAAACAACGGCAAACCGGUCGGCAAAGUCGCAGCAGCAAACACUAAAAUCAUCUGCGCACCUGGCGACCUCAUCUGUGCAGGCCAGCCUAUCAUCUUGGCACCUCACCUGUCGUAUGGUGCUAACGCGGCUCAGGCUGCGCGAUUUGUUAUGAGCAACAUGGCAGCUGGUGGAGCGGCGGCUGGAGCGGCAGUAGGAGCAGGAGCAGGAGCUGCUGCUGCUGCUGCUGCUAAGGGGGCUACUAAGGGGGCUGCCACUCGCGCGGUGCAAGCAAAGUACUUCAUCUCUUAG